AUGAUCGAAACAGUAGAUGUUAAAAUGACCGUUCAUAUAUUAUUGUCUGUAAGUUGUGGUAUAUUAGCAUUUCUUGCGUUGUUCGCUAAUCCAAUAUUAGGUGAUGGCGAAAGCAGAAUUAUUGCUUGCGGUAAUGACAGAAGUUUGUGUAAUCCUCUCGACUUGAAACCAUGCUGUAAUAACAAUAUGCAAUGCAAAGAAAAUUCAACAGUUGGUUAUUUUGUAUGCACUGAAAAGGAAAUACUGGGAUUACCAUGUGUUGACGAUCUAGACUGUGAGCAAGUUAAACAUUCAAACUGUAAUGAAAAUAAAGUUUGUGGAUGUACAUCCAAUACAAUUGUAUUGACUCCGACAUUAUGUGCACCAAUCAUUGAUGGUUUCUGUUUAACAAAUGAAUCGUGUAUCCCAGAUGACUCUAUUUGUAUUGAAAAUAAAUGUAAAUGCAAGCUUCAUUUGAAACCAUCAUUAUCUAAAACUGAUUGUGAACCAACUAUUCUAAAAGGAACAUGUGAAACAAAUACAGAUUGCAAUGAAAUAGAAUUUUCAAUAUGUUCAAAUAAUCAACGAUGUGUUUGUGGUGAUAAAUAUGUCCAAGCAACUAAAACAACUUGUUUACCUAUUUUAAACGGAACUUGUUUUACCGACAUAGAGUGUACUGUUGAUAAUUCUAUUUGUAUAAAUAAUAAAUGCAGUUGCAAACCUGAAUUCGCAUCUAUAUCUGACAAACAAUGUAAUCCUGUGGAAUUAGGAUUACCUUGUUACGAUAAUUUAGAUUGUGCUCAAAUAUAUAAUUCUGUAUGUUCUAAUGAUAAAAAAUGUGUCUGUAGAAUCAAUUAUGUUGAAAUAAAUAAAAAAAUAUGUGCAGCAUUGAUAGAUGAGUAUUGUUCAAAAAGCAUUCCAUGUGCGGUCAAUAAUUCAAACUGUAUUGAGAAUACAUGUCAAUGCGGAAACAACUUUCUACGAGAGUCUAAUGAUCAAUGUCUAGAAAGUAUUAUUAAUCAAUACUGUCAUGAAAAUCUUGAUUGUGAAAUGAUUCAAAAUACUGUGUGUUCUAAAGACAAAGUAUGUGUUUGUGAAGCAAACUAUAUUCAAGUUAGUUACACAAGAUGUGCACCAUUAUUGUAUGAAUUUUGUGAGGAAAAUGAUGACUGUGCUACAACUAACUCUAUUUGUUCAAGUCAUCAAUGCACAUGUGAUAUUCAUUAUUCACGCCGAUCUAAUGAUCAAUGUCUACCAAGUCAUUUAGGAGGGCAAUGUACUGAAGAUAUAGAUUGUGAUCUUGUAAAAAAUUCGGAAUGUUCGAGUGAUAAAAAAUGUAUUUGUAAAGAGAAUUACAUUGAACUCAAUAAAACAAUGUGCGCAUCACCUAAUGGCUAUUCUUGUUUAACUGAUGAAGAAUGUGGGAUAAAGAAUUCAGUUUGUAUUGAUAAUGAAUGUCAAUGCAGGUCUGGUUAUAUUACUGUAUCUAAUAUUGCAUGUAUAUUAGUACAAGCAAAAAAAUAUUGUGAUUCUGACGACAACUGCACAAGUAUAACUAAUUCACAGUGUUCACAGAAUCGACGGUGUGUUUGUAAAGAAAAUUACGUUGAAGUCGAUAGUACCCAUUGCGCAACACUUUUGUUUAAUGAUUGUUUGAAAAAUGAAGAUUGUGUUACUGAUAAUUCUAUUUGUUCAGAGAAUAAAUGUCAAUGUGGUCCUUACUAUACACCAGAAUCUGAUAAUAAAUGUCUACCAAAUUUGGCUAUGUCUUGUUAG